GCUUCUGCUGAAGGAGAAAAAUGGCUACAGCUUCUACUGCCCAUGUUCGUUCAGUCAGCUUGCCCUUCGAGAUUCAUCCUCUCUUUCUAUGUGUGGAGGAGCAGCUGCAGAGGUUGAGGGCAUCGAAGGUGAAAUUGGGUGGUCUAAGAGAACUGUACGAGCGCAUCGACGAUCUCGUUCAUCUGCCGCAAACCCAACAAACUCUUUCCAAGAAACGCUGUGAGGUGGUGGAAGAUGUCCUGGACGGAUCUGUCAGGCUGCUGGACGUCUGCGGCGCCACCAGGGAAGUUUUCUCCCAGAUGAAACAGAGUGUUCAGGAACUUGAGUCCUCCCUCAGGAGAAGAAACGGCGGAGAAUCCACCGAAAUUGGAGCGUAUUUGGUGUUCCGGAAGGAGUUGAAUAAAGUGAUCACCCAGGGUUUGAGGAGUUUACACAGAAUGGAGAAGAAAUCCCCAGAAGCGGUCUCCAGUUCGGAAAUGCUGGAUGUGGUUGGGAUGAUAACAGAUGCUGAAAAAAUCAGUCUUUCAAUCUUUGAGUCCUUGCUUUCUGUUCUUUCUUACCGGAAGUAUGUAUCAAGGUGUGGUGGCUGGUCUGUUGUUCCGAAGAUGAUGCUUUCGAAAUUUCAUGAAGCAGAACCAAAUGAUGCUAGUGAAGUGCAGAAGAUGGAUGCAGAAUUGCUUGUGCUGAAGUCAAGCAAAGACAUUAAACUUGUACAAGUGCAGAAAGUAUUGAGGGGAUUGAAGGCACUGGAACUAAGCAUUCAAAAAACCGAGGAAGAACUGGAAUCCGUCUUCAGGAGAUUGCUGAAAACCAGAGUUUCCCUUCUCAACAUUCUUAUAACCACUAAUCCAUUAAAAUUUCAAAGCAAUUUUGUUCUUGAUUGUGGGUGUGCUGAGCGAAGCCAAGGCGAUGAUGACCUCCAUUGUGGAGUUUCUGUUGUCUCUGUUCUCCAUUCCCUGGUUGGAGUCUUGGAGAGAAGAUCCGACGAAGGGGUCAUUCGGGUUAAAGCUGAUCCAGUCGAGUCGCAAGGGCUUUUAUGACAUUAGUGACUAAUCGACGGUUCAGAGUGCAAAUAAAAGAUUGGAGACUCUGGAAAUCACCAUUGAAGAUAUUGAAGUUGAGCUUGAUUGCAUGUUAAGAAGGUUGAUUCAGGCAAGGGUUUGCUUCUUAACUUAUUAAUGGAGAUGAUCCUAGAAAAUGGGACUCCUAUGACUUGGGAUUUGUUCAUAUCCAAUUGGAUUGUCACUGACUUGCCAAAACAGGUUGGUAGAUGGCUGGAUUUUGUCUUCCAAGAACCUCAUUCAUGUAAUAUUAACUCUUUGGUUCUUUGCCAAUAAGAAUGAACAAUCCUCACAUUC